ACUCAACAGUCACAAAAUAGUAGCAAAUUACUUGAAAAUCGCUCACCAGCAGUAAUCAGGCCAUCCCAAUCCAUUUUCCCAUCAUCAACGAACAUGUUAAGAUCCCAGUGUCGUCGUCAACCUUUGGCACCACAAAGUGGGAGGCAGGCUGUUCAGCCAUGGCUGCUGCUGGACUUGAACCCUUUUGAGAACCAUCAACUGUUACAGUAGUAACAUGGGUGGCUUGUUUUGAAGCCAGUGAAUGUGUUUUUGGCCUGGCAUGGGCGGAUGGAGGUUGGUGCUUCUUUGUAGCAUGAUGCGAGCUGCUGCAGCAGCAAGCGCUGUGUAUAGAUGCAGAUAUUGCAAUGGAAGCCAUGGAAUUUUACCAAGGUUCCUUUUUCUCUUGUUUGGAUUACUACUGUUUGGUCUUUUGGUAGUGAGGACUGGCGGGAGAGGAU